CUCUCCUGGAGUUAGUUAAAAACCUCGUGGUACGACCCUGCGGUCCCCACCCUCCUAGGCCCCAACCCUGAGGCAGUGGGGGAGGGGAGGCCGCGCGCGCGCCGCUUCCGCUCCUCCAGCCCACCAGAGGGCGCUGCGGCCCCGCCUCGUCCUUUUCGAGGCGCUUCGCGCCGGGCCCCUUCCGCGUGGGCGAGUGAAUGUGAGAGUCAGCGUCGCGCCGCUCUCGCCGUCCGCCUCCGCCGCUCAGCGCCCUUACUUCGGCUGCAAGGGGCGGGCGCGCGCGUAAAAGGCAUAGAGACGGGCGUUGAGCUCUCGGGCUAGAGCGUCGCCGAGUCGGAGCCGGAGCCCGAGCCGCGCGCUGUGUCUCCGCUGCGUCCGCCGAGGCCCCCGAGUGUCAGGGACAAAAGCCGCCGCCGCGCCGCCUGCUCCUGCCGCCGGGGCUCAUCCGCCGCCGCUGACGCUCUGAGGAGAGUCCGCCGCCGUCGCCACUCGUGAGGAUCCGAGAGCCAUGUCGGCCAGCAGCCUUUUGGAGCAGAGACCAAAAGGUCAAGGAAACAAAGUACAAAAUGGAUCUGUACAUCAAAAGGAUGGAUUAAAUGAUGAUGAUUUUGAACCUUACUUGAGUCCCCAGGCAAGGCCCAAUAAUGCAUAUACUGCCAUGUCAGAUUCCUACUUACCCAGUUACUACAGUCCCUCCAUUGGCUUCUCCUAUUCUUUGGGUGAAGCUGCUUGGUCUACUGGGGGUGACACCGCCAUGCCCUAUCUAACUUCUUAUGGACAGCUGAGCAACGGAGAGCCUCACUUCCUACCAGAUGCAAUGUUUGGACAACCAGGAGCCCUUGGUAGCACUCCAUUUCUUGGUCAGCAUGGUUUUAAUUUCUUUCCCAGUGGUAUUGACUUCUCAGCAUGGGGAAAUAACAGUUCUCAGGGACAGUCUACUCAGAGCUCUGGAUAUAGUAGCAAUUAUGCUUAUGCACCUAGCUCCUUAGGCGGAGCCAUGAUUGAUGGACAGUCAGCUUUUGCCAGUGAAACCCUCAAUAAAGCUCCUGGCAUGAAUACUAUAGACCAAGGGAUGGCAGCACUGAAGUUGGGUAGCACAGAAGUUGCAAGCAAUGUUCCAAAAGUUGUAGGCUCUGCUGUUGGUAGUGGGUCCAUUACUAGUAACAUCGUGGCUUCUAAUAGUUUGCCUCCAGCUACCAUUGCUCCUCCAAAACCAGCAUCUUGGGCUGAUAUUGCUAGCAAGCCUGCUAAACAGCAACCUAAGUUGAAGACCAAGAAUGGCAUUGCAGGGUCAAGUCUUCCACCCCCCCCAAUAAAGCAUAACAUGGAUAUUGGAACUUGGGAUAAUAAGGGUCCUGUGGCAAAAGCCCCCUCACAGGCCUUGGUUCAGAAUAUAGGUCAACAGCCAAGCCAGGGGUCUCCCCAGCCUGUAGGUCAGCAGGCUAACAAUAGUCCACCAGUGGCUCAGGCAUCAGUAGGGCAACAGACACAGCCAUUGCCCCCACCUCCACCACAGCCUGCCCAGCUCUCAGUCCAGCAACAGGCAGCUCAGCCAACCCGCUGGGUAGCGCCUCGGAACCGUGGCAGUGGGUUUGGUCAUAAUGGGGUGGAUGGUAAUGGAGUAGGACAGUCUCAGGCUGGAUCUGGAUCUACUCCUUCAGAACCUCACCCAGUGUUGGAGAAACUACGGUCCAUUAAUAACUAUAACCCCAAGGAUUUUGACUGGAACCUGAAACAUGGCCGGGUUUUCAUCAUUAAGAGCUACUCUGAGGACGAUAUCCACCGGUCCAUUAAGUAUAAUAUCUGGUGCAGCACAGAGCAUGGUAACAAGAGACUGGAUGCUGCUUAUCGCUCCAUGAACGGGAAAGGCCCCGUUUACUUACUUUUCAGUGUCAACGGCAGUGGACACUUCUGUGGCGUUGCAGAAAUGAAAUCUGCUGUGGACUACAACACAUGUGCAGGUGUGUGGUCCCAGGACAAAUGGAAGGGUCGUUUUGAUGUCAGGUGGAUUUUUGUGAAGGACGUUCCUAAUAGCCAGCUGCGACACAUUCGCCUAGAGAACAACGAGAAUAAACCAGUGACCAACUCCAGGGACACUCAGGAAGUGCCUCUGGAAAAGGCUAAGCAGGUGUUGAAAAUCAUAGCCAGCUACAAGCACACCACUUCCAUUUUUGAUGACUUCUCACACUAUGAGAAACGCCAAGAGGAAGAAGAAAGUGUUAAAAAGGAACGUCAAGGUCGUGGAAAAUAAAAGGCAGUUCUGCACAGACCACAGCAACGGUUUCAUCUGCAUAUCCUAAGAGGAAAAAAAUGACCUUCAAGAGAAUUAGGACUUUUUUCUUAAUUUCAUUGACUUCAGAGACGAUUGCAGACUUACAGUUUAAGUAUUGGAAUUUCACAAAAGACAUAGGACUUAACUGGAAAGACAAAAAAAAAGAAAAAGGAAAAACUAAAAAAAUCCCUCUAGGUAGCUUAGGUGAAAAAUGUCCCUUUUAUUUUGGCUUUGGUUGUGAUUUCAGAGCAUAAUGCUUUGUUUUUUGUUUUGUUUUUUUUGUCUUUUACUAUGUUUCUCGGAUUUUAAAGUCCGUAAGUGCAUACAGUUUUCUCUAAUUUUUAAACCCUUUCCUCCCCCCGUUUUGACAUUUGCACUUGGAGAACAUCUGAGUUUCGAAGGUAUUGGUCUGCCUCCACCCCAGAAAUGGGAAUUUGGUUUUUCCCUUCCGAACUGGAAGAACAUUUUUAUGAAGAAUUUUUGUGUUGGAGAAUUUAACAGUGUUACCCAAGGUUGUGUCUUUAAGGGUGGUUCAUUUUCUCUGACCCUUUGUUACUCAGAGUAAAGUACUAGGAGUCCUAAGAAAUGUUCUGUUCAUGUACAUUAUACUGAUUGAGUCAGGAUUAAUUUUAUUUCACAGCUAAGAACAGUGAUAAAAACUUGUUUACAGAAAUGCAUUUUGGAAGAGAAAAAUAUUGUAAAACGUAUAGUGAAUGUUUCUUCAGUUUCUUGUUCAUCCAAUGAGGAAAGGGCAUUGCCUUUCUUUUUACCAUUAAUCACUUCUCAAUAAACGUGAGAUCCUGUUGAGCAUCA